GGCUACAAGCAAUUGAUGUCUUUUCCCCCUCGAUUAUCACGAGAAGGCAGGAGCUUGGGGCCGCUGGGGGAGUUUAUGGAGGAAAGCUGGCAGUUUCCCCGCAGGGGGAGUUUGACGAAGCAGCAUUCUAGUUCACAUCGAGACAACCACUGAAAGAAAGAAGGAAGCAAAGAGAACGGAGGGAGAGGAAUAAUCUGGGUAAGAAACGUUCCUAAACUCUGGAUGGAUUGGAAUGGGGAGACUCGCCUGCUCCAUGAGGCCGGGACGCUCGACGAAUGCUGGUUUCAUCAUUAAAGUGCUCUUCCUUCUCCUGCUUUGUAGACAUGCAUAUUCCCACUGCAAGAUCUUGCGCUGCAACUCUGAGUACGUGGCCGCCACGCUCAACUUGCGCGGCCCCAACAAGCACGCCAGCUACUGCAACACCCUGCGCUCCUACUCCCGCUGCACUCGCAGGACGGCCCGUACCUGCCGCGGGGACCUCGCCUACCACUCUGCCGUCCACGGCAUCGAGGACCUCAUGAUCCAGAACAAGUGCUCUAAGGAGGGGCCCACUUCGCCGCGGCGACCCCCUGCGCCACCCCCUGCACACCAGGGUUUGGAACCCCCAGAGAUCUGCGAUUACGAGAAGAGCUUUUCCCGGAAGCAUAACAGACCCCCCACGUACCAGCACUGCGCCACGUUUGGGGACCCCCACGUACGGACCUUCAGCGACGAGUUCCACACAUGCAGAGUGGAAGGUUCCUGGCCUCUCCUGGACAACAACUAUUUGUUCGCUCAAGCGACCAGCUACCCCGUCUUGAAAGGAUCAAACGCAACAGCUACUAGCAAGCUCACCAUCAUAUUCAAGAACAUGAAGGAGUGCAUAGACCAGAAAGUCUACCAGGCGGAGAUCGACAACCUGCCGGCGGCUUUCGAGGACGGAUCCACGAACGGGGGCGAGAAACCCGGAGGGAAAAGCCUGAGCAUCCACGAGCGCACGCCCGGGCAGCACGUGGAGAUCCUCGCCACGUACAUCGGCACCACCAUUGCCGUGCGCCAGGCAGGGAGGCAGCUCUCUUUCUCCAUCCGGGCGGCCGAGGACGUGGUGCGCUCCUUCACGGAGGAGCAGGACCUCCAGCUGUGCGUGGGGGGCUGCCCUCCCAGCCAGCGCAUCUCCCAGACCGAGUGCUGCUGCAGCAACGGAGCCAUCCCUGCGCAGAAGGCCCAGCUCCUGUGCAAGGAGAAGCUGCCGGUGGAGGACGUCUACUUCCAGUCAUGCGUCUUUGACGUGGUGACAUCGGGAGACGUCAACUUUACGCUGGCUGCACACGCUGCCUUGGAGGACGCCAAAGUCUUCCAUCCGGACGCCAAGAAGCACCACCUCUUCCAAAGCGAUGCAGCUUGCGUGUCCCGUUGCUCGGCCUUCCUCCUCGCCAUCACGUUGGUCCUUUCAGCGUUGCAGCUACACUUCUGAAGGUUUCUGGGGACUGGUGGAAAGGUGUAUGGUGCUAGUUUGAGAGGAUAGCGAAUGGGAAGAAGAAGAAGAGUUUGGAUUUGGUAUCCCGCUUUAUCACUACUCGAAGGAGUCUCAAAGCGGCUAACAUUCUCCUUUCCCUUC